CUGCCCAAUCUAGAGCCUAUGGCAACACGUGUUGAGCUUUGCAUUCGGCGACUGUUUUGAUGAUGGUUUCAGAACGUCGUAAAGUAACGUGUUCCAGUUGUAUUGCAUUCAGAUUGGGUUGAAAAGGAUCACAGCCUCGUUGACAUGCACCCCAGUGACAGUUUGCGUAUCAUUUGUCUUGUGUGUUUCGCUGGACUUUCGAAAUGCAGUAACUCCGAAGGUGAAGUUGAGACGCCUGCAGACGUCGUGCACUAUCGAAAGGUAUUCAAACUUAGGCAGGUGGACCGCUUAGAAGCCGUUAAGACCAUAUUAAAGCUCAAUGAUGUUGAGAAGCAAUCACGUCUAGUCAGCGCAGUAGUGCAGAAAAUAAAUGAGGUUCUCAUAAAGUCAAAACUCAUGCUUGAGCGCUCCGAUUAUAUUCCCGGUGCAUCAUUUCCCAGAGAUGAAGCCGUCAGAGACGCACUCUCUCAAGUCCUAGAAAACACUGCCUUUAUGGGGGAAAUUCUUCUUCGCCUUCCUGAUAUUACACACGGUGUACUCGGCUUGGACAGAUCAAGUGCCUUGACAAUCUACUGGGCCAUUGGUUUUGCAAACUCUACUGGAAUAUAUGAUGCAAAAACUACAAAGCUAUGCCACCUGAUGGCACAAGAGCUGGGCAUCAUAGAGAAACAAGCAGAUUACUUCAACCCUUACAGUGCUAAGCAUGUCAAGUCGUUAUGGUUACACAAGCAAGAUCUGUUCAUGUACAGGAGAAGGAGGCUGUACCGCCAUCAGCAGAAAAGGAGAUGCCAAAAAAGAAGUUUAAGGUAAAGCGGGGUCCACGACUGAGCAACACACGGCAUACAGAGCUCUGAGUGAAUUUCAGGGAAGUUUGAGUUUUGUCAUGAUUUCGCACCUGUGUGUGAUAUUUUUAUUUUUUUUUGUCAUUCAUGAAAGACUGCUGGUUAUGAAGGGGGCCAUUUUUAAAUAAAUGCUCGAUGCUUUAAAAAAUA